GACAGGUUUUAUUUUUUUAUUUUAUUAUCUGUCAGAGCUUCCUUCUCUCUCCAUGGCAACAAGCAGCCAUUAAACACACCCUGUCUGUUUCCUGUGUUUAUUGGUGGAAAUGUACUUGGAGUGCAGCCAAGACCAAAGUGAAACUAAACUGUGAAGCAGUCUAACCAGACUGCAGCACAGGAAACACACCGAGGACAGAGUACCAGUCAUUAUCCGAACAACCUUCCCAAGAAUUGCUUUGUCUUCAUUAUGGACGUGCCAAACACACUGAGGAUUGUCCUGUUGGGGAAAACUGGAUCUGGGAAGAGCAGCUUGGCAAACACCAUAUUUGGGAAGGAUGUUUUUAGAGUCAGACAUUUUUCCAACUCAGAACCAAGUUUUUGUCAGGCAGAGUCUGGAUAUGUUAAUGGGAAACACCUCACUCUGGUCGAUACGCCUGGUUUCUUUUAUCCAGAAAUGUCUGAGCAGGAGCUGAAGAGAGAGAUAGUGAAGAGUAUCUCAGAGGUCGCUCCUGGGCCUCAUGCUUUUCUCAUUGUGCUUAAAGUGGAAAAAUUCACAGAGCAGGAGUCACAAGUAGUCAAACAAAUACAAGAAUAUUUUUCAAAAGAGGUUUUAAAAUAUUCCACAGUUGUUUUCACAUAUGGCAACCAGUUGUCUGAAGAAAUGGAAAUUGAGGCUUUUGUUAAACAAAACAAACAGCUGCAAGCUCUGGUGGAGAAGUGUGGCGGCCGGUGUCUUGUUGUUGAUAAUAAAUACUGGAAACACAACCAGAAUGAACAUGGGAACAACCGGAUCCAGGUGGCGAAGCUACUCGAUACGAUAGAGAAGAUGGUGGUGGAAAAGAGAGGCGGAUGCUUCACCAUUAAGAUGCUGCAAAACUGGGAGAGACAUCAAUCAAUCCUCAACAUCUUCAAGUGUGUGAUGACUUUCUUCUCCAAAAAGUCUGUGAGAGUCGUUCUUGGUGUCACGAUCCUCAUAGGUGUGACUCUCACAGCUGCAGUUCGUUGGUAAUCGCCAUGUCUGUCUUUAU